AUGUUCAGGAAGAGGAAUGUGAAGGGCAGCCAACAGAAGAAGGCUGCUCUGCGUGUGGUGGAGGACGAUGUUGAGUGUUUGGCCACCCCACCUGUUGUCCCCGCGAAGAAAAGGAAGAUCAGGGAGCUGGACGAUACCAGCCGGUCGGCGGUUCGGGCGUCGGGGUUUGGGAGAGACCACGUGAGCGCCGGCACGCAAGAGGCGGUGGCCCGGGCAACUGAUGAUGCACCAGACAGACGGGCGGAGUCGUCCGGGGCGCGGACAGCGGUCGGGUCGAACGUGCGCACGCGCGUGGUGAUGGACUACCAACCGGACGUGUGCAAGGACUACCGGCAGACGGGGUUCUGCGGGUACGGUGACUCGUGCAAGUUCCUGCACUCGCGGGACGACUUCCGCGCGGGGUGGCGGCUGAACGAGGAGUGGAAGGUGGGCCAGACAGAGGCGCGCGACCUGGACUCGAUCCCGUUCCGCUGCGUUCUGUGCCGCGGGCACUACCGGGCGCCGGUCCGUACGCGGUGCGGACACUAUUUCUGCGGGGGCUGCUUUGCGCGGCGGGUGCGGGAGACACGGCAGUGCGCGGUGUGCGGGGCGGACACGCAGGGCGUAGCGCAGAGCGCAGCACGGCUGCGCGAGCUGCUAGCGGCGGGUGCGGGGGCCGGUGACAGCCCGGACGACACGCCCGCAGAGGAAGAGCCGCGGAGCCCGGGGGAGCCAGCGGCGGGCGAGGAGCGGCGAGGAGCGGAGAGCGGAUAG